AUGCUUUUUCUUUUCUUUUCUUUCUUUUUUCUUUCUUUCUUUUUUCUUUCUUUCUUUUUUCUUUCUUUUUUCUGUUAUUUCUUUCUUUCUUCCUUCCUUUCUUUCGUUCUUUCUUCCUUUUUGUCUUUCUUUCUUUCUUCACAAUUCACUUUUCUUUCUUUCCUUACAGUGCAAUUUUCUUUCUUUCUUUUUAUUCUAGUUCACUUUUCUUUCUUUCCUUACAGCUCUUUCUUUCUUUCUUUCUUUCUUUCUUUCUUUCUUUCUUUCUUUCUUUCUUUCUUUCCUUCCUUCUUUCUUUCUUCCUUUCUUUCCAAUUCACUUUUACAGUUCUUUCUUUCUUUCUUUCUUUUUCUAGUUCACUUUUCUUUCUUUAUUUCUUUUUCUAGUUCACUUUUCUUUCUUUCCUUACAGCUCUUUCUUUCUUUCUUUCUUUGUUUCUUUCUUUUGUUUCUUUCUUUGCAGUUCACUUAUCUUUGUUUCCCUACAGUGCUAUUUUCUUUCUUUCUUUCUUUCUUUCUUUCUUUCUUUCUUUCUUUCUUUCUUUCUUUCUUUCUUUCUUUCUUUCCAAUUCACUUUUACAGUUCUUUCUUUCUUUUUCUAGUUCACUCUUCUUUCUUUAUUUCUUUUUCUAGUUCACUUUUCUUACUUUCCUCACAGCUCUUUCUUUGUUUCUUUCUUUGUUUCUUUCUUUCUUUCCAAUUCUCUCUUUCUUUCUUUCUUUCUUUCUUUUUUUCUAGUUCACUUUUCUUUCUUUCCUUACAGCUCUUUCUUUCUUUCUUUCUUUCUUUCUUUCUUUCUUUCUUUCUUUCUUUCUUUCUUUGCAGUUCACUUAUCUUUGUUUCCCUACAGUGCUAUUUUCUUUCUUUCUUUCUUUUCUUUUCUUUCUUUCUUUUUCUUUCUUUUCUUUCUUUCCAAUUCACUUUUACAGUUCUUUUCUUUCUUUCUUUCUUUUUUUUCUAUUCACUUUUCUUACUUUCCUCACAGCUCUUUCUUUCUUUCUUUCUUUGUUUCUUUCUUUCUUUCCAAUUCUCUCUUUCUUUCUUUCUUUCUUUUUUUCUAGUUCACUUUUCUUUCUUUCCUUACAGCUCUUUCUUUCUUUCUUUCUUUCUUUCUUUCUUUCUUUCUAGUUCACUUUUUUUUCUUUCCUUACAGCUUUUUCUUUCUUUCUUUUUUUCUAGUUCACUUUUCUUUCUUUCCUUACAUCUUGUUUCUUUUCUUUCUUUCUUUUUUUUCUUUCUUUCUUUCUUUCUUUCUUUCUUUCUUUCUUUCUAUUCACUUUUCUUUCUUUCCUUACAUCUCUUUCUUUCUUUCUUUCUUUCUUUCUUUCUUUCUUUCUUUCUUUCUAUCUUUCUUUCUUUCUUUGCAGUUCACUUAUCUUUGUUUCCCUACAGUGCUAUUUUCUUUCUUUCUUUCUUUCUUUCUUUCUUUCUUUCUUUCUUUCCAAUUCACUUUUACAGUUCUUUUUUUUUUCUUUUUGUUCUUUCUAGUUCACUUUUCUUUUCUUUUUCUUUUUUUUUUUUAGUUCACUUUUCUUACUUUCCUCACAGCUCUUUUCUUUUUUUUUUCUUUUUUUGUUUUUCUUUUUUCUUUCCAAUUCUCUCUUUUUUUCUUUCUUUUCUUUUUUCUAGUUCACUUUUUUCUUUCUUUCCUUAUAGCUCUUUUUUUUCUUUCUUUCUUUCUUUCUUUUUACUUUCAUUCUUUUUCUUUCUUUCUAGUUCACUUUUUACUUUUCUUUCCUUUACAGCUCUUUUCUUUCUUUCUUUUCUUUUUUCUAGUUCACUUUUCUUUUCUUUCCUUACAGCUUUCUUUCUUUCUUUCUUUCUUUCUUUCUUUCUUUCUUUCUUUUCUUUUCUUUCUUUCUUUGCAGUUCACUUAUCUUUGUUUCCCUACAGUGCUAUUUUCUUUUUUUCUUUCUUUCUUUCUUUCUUUCUUUCUUUCUUUCUUUCUUUCUUUGUAUUUCCCUUUUUCUUUCACUCUCUUCCACUCUAA